CCCUGCUGUAGUUGAGUAAACUACAUGGACAUUAGCGGGCGCAGCGGUGCAACCACCGAGCCGGAGUGGAUUAAAACAGCGUGCUUGCUGUGGAGAGCCACUCGAUUAACGCCUGUGUAACCGUGUGACAAAUUCCGGCGUGUAAUCGCGACUCGGUUGCACCAGCUUGCAGCUGCGAAACAGCAGAGAAAAGAGCUUUUGGGAAACUCAAGAGGUGCCGUGCAUCGUGAUUGUGUGUCAGCCUCGGCGGGAAUGGCUUCAUCUCCGUGCGGCAACAGUAACUUUGAUUCCGGCCUGGAAAUCAAAACUCGCUCAGUGGAGCAGACGCUUAUUCCUUUAGUUUCGCAGAUCACCACUCUGAUCAACCACAAAGACAAGCCAAAGAAGUCUGAGCGCACCCUGGCAGCCAUACACAGGGUGGGCCAGGCAGUGAGCGUGGCAGUGGGACGUUUUGUUGCUGUCGGGGAGGCCAUUGCCUCAGAGAACCAAGAGCUAAAGGAUGAAAUGGGUCAAGCCUGCUUCGACGCACGCAGAGCAGGCGAUGCCAUAGCCCAGCUGACAGAUGCGGGAUUGCCCGUGCCGUCCCAGUCUGACGGGCGUGUCACUGUGUUCAGUGAUAGGACAGGGAUGGUGAAGGCUGCCCGCUUGCUCCUCUCCUCUGUCACUAAAGUCCUGGUCCUUGCUGACCGAAUCGUCAUCAAACAGAUUAUUACAUCACGCAACAAGGUUCUGGUAACCCUUGACCACCUGGAAAGAGUCAGCACCUUCCAGGAAUUUGUUCAGAUUUUCAGCCAGUUUGGAAACGAGAUGGUGGAAUUUGCUCACCUCACAGGAGACAGACAGAACGAUUUGAAGGAUGAGAAGAAAAAAGCCAGGAUGGCAGCAGCCAGAGCAGUGCUGGAGAAAUGCACCAUGAUGCUCCUCACAGCCUCCAAGACUUGCCUGAGGCACCCGGAUUGUGAGUCAGCAAGGAUCAACAAAGACGCCGUGUUCCACCGAAUGCGCUGUGCCCUGGAGCAGGUCAUCGAGAUAGUGACUGAGGCACGGAGCUGCGGAGAGAACAAGAUCCUUCCAGCUAGCAUCUACAACGGCAUCAAAGACUUUAAAUCUAAUGUGGAGUGCCUGCGGGAGAACCUGUACUCCCAUACACCACAGAGCAUUUCCAGCCAGCUGGAAUCCCUGGUCGAGCGGACGGAAGACUUCACUGAUUCAGCCUACACCAGUCACGAGCAACGUCAGGCCAUCCUAGGCCUGUGCCAGCUGGCUCGCCAGGACACCCAGCAGCUGGUGCACGCCUGGGUUCAGGCACAGUCUGUCCAUAACAAAGAGGCCACGGAGGACAUGGAGGUGGCCAUCCUGAAGGCAUGUCAGAGCAUCAGUGACCUGAAACGUGAGCUCCAUAAGGUGGCGGUGGGCCGAGCCUCAGACUUGCUGAAGGUUCACGGGGAACAGCUGCCUCUGAGAGCUCUCAAAGCUGGAGGUGCCGAGGGGAACCUGGAGGCAGUGGCCGAGUAUUCGCACAAGCUCACGGAGCAGAAGGAGCAGCUGGUGGAGACAUGCCGGCUGUUGUGCCAUGUGUCAGGGACGGAGCCUUUGGAAAUCACCUGUAUACAUGCUGAGGAGACUUUCCAUGUCAUUGGUCCACAGAUCAUCUCAGCUGCCCAGACACUUGCCCUCCACCCAUCCAGUAAGAUUGCCAAGGAGAACCUGGAAGUGUUCUGUGAGGCCUGGGAGUCGCAGCUUUGUGACAUGGCUCUGCUGCUGAGGGAGAUUAAUGAUGUCUUUGAAGGCAGGCGAGGUGACAAAAAACCCUAUUUGUCACUUCCAAGACCUGGGAAACACUCAGCUAACCUUAAAACUGCCAAAGCUGUCAAGCUGGAUGCAGAGGAGCAGACAAGCAUGGCCAAGCUGGGUCUGGAGCUCCGCCUGCUGUCAUCAGAUGUGGACACGGAGGUGGAAAAAUGGGAGGAGCAGGAAAACGAGAUUGUCCGGCAGAGCCAGAGCCUCGCCAGCAUGGCCUACAACAUGUACCUGUUCACCAGAGGGGAGGGGCUGUUGAAGACAACACUGGAUCUUUUUCAUCAGGCUGAGGUUCUAUCUGAGGAGGGGCUCCAACUGUGCUCAUCUCUCCACACUUUUUCCUCUCAGCUGGUUGAUGAGGAAAAGUCUGUGGUGAUGACAGAAAUGGAGAAACUGGUGGCAUUGUGCCAACAGCUGCAGAUGGGGGCCAAAAUGCCCGUACAGGGCAAGACUGCCACCUUCCAGAAGGUGGAGUCCUCCAUCCAGAUAAGCAAAAACGCCAUGAAUGUGGUCCUCUCCCUCCUCCCAGUUUGUAACAAGCUCAACAGAAAGUACAAGUCAGAGAGGACCAGCCUUAGCUCCCCUCAGGAUUGGAGAGAAAAGCAGGAUGCAUCCACGCCUCUUAAAGAGGAGGGGGUUCUCAAUACCAAAAACAGCAAUGGCUUUGAUGUCAGUUCCUUGGAGCAGCAUAUGGUUGGUCUCAACCUCCUUGAGAGCAAAUAGUCCAGGAGGUUGUCUCCUCGUUUUUUUUCCAUUAUUCUUGUUGGAGCAGCACAUAGCCAACUUCACCUCUGUGGAGCACAUGUAAUCCAGGAAAUACUCCCCUCAUCCCCACGUGCCCACCACACAGUGGGCUGGAGCCAUGGGGUGAAGAUGGUUGCCUUUGGGUCAGCAAGUUCUUAUUCAUCAUCUGGUUGAUGAUCCAGAUCGAAGCUCUUUAUGCCCAGUGGGGUAGUUAACGCUUGUGACCUGAAACACCAGUUCCACCCCAGCCCACAAGAUGGAGACAAUCAGCUAUAACACUAUGACAGCGAGUUAAGUGAAAGUCGGGUCUGGCACAAACUUGAUUUUGGAGUCACUUUUAUCACUUCUCUGGUGACUGAAUUGAUAAAAUGAUCAGAAAUCAGGAGAGAAAUCCACUUGAUGCUCAGCUCAGCCAUACACCUGUCUUCACCAUGUGCCUCUGUGCCCAUCUGUUCUGCGUUGUACAGUAAAUGUGUUGCACAAGUUACAUAUAGAAGAAAAGAAACACCAUGCAUGAUCACCUUGCUCUUGUGUUUGUAGAAUCACAGGCUUGUAAAUUUAACAUGUUUAUGUAAUGUUAGCCAUGUUAGCCACCUCACUUGGACAUCAGUAUUUUAAUAGCUGACUAUAUUGACAUAACUGUCUACCUGCCACAUUAUUUACUAUAGAACAUUCCCCAUGUGCCAUGUUAGUAUGAAAUACAAAAAAGUAAAGAAAAAAAAUGAAUGCCAAAUAUGACUAGAAGACAAAUUUUCAGCUCCUUACUAUUAUAAACUACUUGUCUUCUAAUGUUUAUCCCUGGAGAGAUUUCUAUUUAAGCUUGAUUGGGAGAAAAAAAAGUCAACAAAGCUCAUCUUUGAGGUUUUUGGGAAGUCAGGAAAGUACUUUACAUCAUUCUGUAUAUUAUAUAAUCACUGGUUAUAAUGAAAGUUAACACUGAACUGGCACCUGUGUCAAAUGGAAUCUUCCAACACUAGAUGAUAUGAAGAUUGUCAUCAUACAACUGCCAAACAGGCCAAUAUAUGUUAUAUGGUAUGAGAUUAUGGUACUUAAAGAAACAGUAUAUGUAUCCUAAGAUAAUGACUUUGGUACUAGGCAAGAGUGUGAUAUCAGUACUGAGAUGUAUAACAUACACUGAGCUUUAGGAAAUUUAUGUAUGUAUGAGAGCAGCUAAGAAUGCUGGGUAUUGUAGUGGCACUAUAGAUGUGAAGAAAUCAAAUCUAGUUUUGGACCACCUCCUAUUUUGACAACUGAAAGGUUAAUAAAAGUGAGUCAAAAAAUAAAACUAUUUUUCUUAAA